UGGAGCUGAGAGGGAGGAGGAAGAGGAUGGUGAAGGGGGUCGGGGGCAUCCCACUUUCACAAUGGCUCCGUAAAGUGCGCGACCGCUCCAAACCUCUCCAGCCCACCCCUCCCCGCGGGCCUCUCUCCCCUCCACCCUUCCCCUCCCCUCCCCUCCCCUUCUUCUCCUUCUCCUCCUCCCUUUCCUCCUCCUCCUCCUCCUCCUCCUCCCUCCGAGCGCCAGCGCUGAAAAGAGGAACUCUACGGCUAAGGAGAGAGAGGAGGGAACCAAGGGGGAGCGCGCACGGUUAGUGUUGCUGCUGCCGCUGAAGCUGCCUGCACAGGCUCUCGAGCCGCCGCCGCCGCCGCUUCUCCUCCUCCUCCUCUCCGGCGAGACGCGAGCAUGGGGCGGCCACAGGAGCUGGAACUGGAGCCGCCGCCGCCGCCGCCUCCUCCGCCGCCCCCCGCGCGCACUUGAGUCGUCUCCACCGCCGCCACCGCCCGGGGGCCGCCCAAGCCCCAUGGAGGUCUCCGGGAGGAAGGGGCCAGCGCGCCCCCGCAGCCCGACUGCCCGGCCCCUGCCGCUCCAGCCCCUGCUGCUGCUGCCUCUGGCCGCGCUGCUGCUCGCCCCGCGGGCGCCCGCCCUGGCCGCGCCGGAGGGAGCGCCCCCGUGGCGCUCCGAGCAAGCCAUCGGGGCCCUGGCGGCCAGCCGCAAGGACGGCGUGUUCGUGGCCAGCGGCAGCUGCCUGCACCAGCUGGACCACACGCUCCAGAGGCAGCUCUCCCGCCUGCACCAGGGCCCGGAGCCGGGCAACUGUUCGGAGCCCGUGGCGCUGGCGCCCCCCGCGCGGCCCCGGCCGGCCAGCAGCUUUAGCAAGCUGUUGCUGCCCUACCGCGAGGGGGCGGGCGCCCACAGCCGGUUACUGCUCACCGGCUGGACCUUCAAUCGCGGCGGCUGCGAAGUGCGGCCCCUAGCCAGCCUCAACCUCAGCAAACUGCGGAGCCGCCCCGAGGUGGUGUCGUGCCACCCGCGGGGCUCGACGGCUGGUGUGGUGUACCAGGCACCUGAGGACCAGCGCUGGUACCUGGCGGUGGCGGCCACCUACGUGCUGCCCGAGUCCGAGGCGCUCAGCAAGUGCAACCCUGCGGCGUCGGACCUGGACACGGCCAUCACGCUGCAGGACACGGAGAAGCUGUUCACUGAGGAGGACGGGCUGCUGAAGCUGCAGGCGGGGGCCGGCACCCUGCACUUUGUGGACGCCUUCCUCUGGAACAGCAGCGUCUAUUUCCCUUACUAUCCCUACAACUAUACGAGCGGCGCCGUUCCCCGCGCUACCGCCAUGGCCCGCAUCGCGCAGAGCACCCGGGUGGACUUCCAGGGCCAGGUGACCCUCGACUGUAGCCAGGGCCACCCCGACGGCCGCCGCCUGCUGCUUUCCUCCAGCCUCUUGGAGCCGCUCGGCCUCUGGGCCGGCGUCUUCAGCGCCGCAGUCGGCCGGGACCCUGGAACCCGGCGCUCGCCGGCCACCACGGCGCUCUGCCUCUUCCGGAUGAGCGAGAUCCAGGAGAAAGCGCGGACCUGCAGCUCCGACUUCCAAACCUCGGACAACCAGAACUGUGGGAAAGACACAGAACCAAAUUCGGUCCAACCGAUUGAGUCUUCAACUUUAAUUCAUUCAGAUUUGACAUCUGUUUAUGGUACCGUAGUGCUGAACAGGACAGUUCUCUUCUUGGGAACUGGAGAUGGACAGUUACUCAAGGUUAUUCUUGGUGAAAAUUUGACUUCAAAUUGCCCUGAAGUUAUCUAUGAAAUUAAAGAAGAAACACCUGUUUUCCACAAACUUGUUCCUGACCCAGAGAAUAAUACCUACAUCUACCUAGCAUCUGGGAAAGAGAUCAGAAGAAUCCGUGUGGCAAACUGUAAUAAACAUCAAUUCUGUACAGCAUGUUUAAUGGCCAUGGAUCCGCACUGUGGUUGGUGCCAUUCUCUGCAAAGGUGUACUUUUCAAGAUGAUUGUAAACAAGUAGGCAACACUCAGACCUGGCUGGAUGUUUCAUCGGGAGCCCGAAAGUGUCCUAAGAUCCAGAUCAUGCGAAGCGGUCACUAUCAGACCACUGUGACUGUGUUGGGAGGCUUCUCCACGAAAUAUUCAUGGUGUUCAGUGAAGAAUACAGGGAACAACAGAGAACUUUGCAAGGCUAAAAACCAGCCUCUGGGGACCUGUUCAUGUAAUAUAAAAACCACCAAAACGAUGGACAAAGAUCUCUUAGCUAUCAGUGUAUCCUUCAAUUCUGACUCCUGGAAUUUAACAGAAAAAUUCAAGUUCACCAACUGUUCAUCUUUAAAAGAAUGCUCAGCCUGUGUUGGUGCGACCUGUGCUUGGUGUGAAAAUGAGAAAAAAUGCAUCCAUCCCUUUGCAGCCUGUGACAUCGCAGAUUACAGGAAGAAUCAGAAUGUCUGUCAAGUAUCCCGAAAAUCACCUCCUUCAAGAGGAGGAAGAUUCGAGGCCAAGAAGAAUGCCAAAAUAAACCAGGACUCACAGAUCUUCUCCAUCCAGUCCAUAAUGCCAUCAAAAGUAUCGACCCUGGGGAAAAGUGACAUGAUUGUCACCGGAUUCAACUUUACACAAGCUUCUAACAUCUCCAUGAUCCUCAAAGGAACCAGCACUUGUGACCAAGAUGUAAUACACGUUCAGCAGGUGCUGAAUGACACCCAUAUGAAAUUCUCUCUGCCAUCAAGCCGGAAGGAGAUGAAGGCCGUUUGUAUCCAGUUUGACGAGGGUGACUGCAUUCCCGCUGGGACUCUGUCUUUUGUUGCCUUACCUUGGUGUUCCUUUAUCUUCCCAGCCACCACUUGGGUCAGUGGCGGUCAGAACAUAACCAUCGAGGGCCAGAAUUUUGAUGUAAUUGACAGCUUAAUUAUUUCCCAUGAAGCGAAAGUCGAGUCCACUGUCUCUGAAUAUUGUACGGAGACACAGUGCUACUUUUUGGCUCCAAGUUUAAAGUCUUCCAAAGGCCGUCCAAAAGUUAGUGUGAAAAUGAAGGUACAGGAUGUUCUCUUAGACUGCCGCACUUUGCAGUAUCUCGAUGACCCCAUAUUUACUGGGUAUCGGGUAGAAUUCGAGGGUGAUCAUGAAUUGGACGUAAAAAUCCAAAAAGAAAAUGACAACUUCAACAUUUCUAGGAAGGACAUUGAGAUGACUCUUUUCUAUGGGGAAAAUGAUCAGCUCAAUUGCAGCUUUGAAAAUAUUACCAGGAGUCAGGAUCUUACCACUGUCCUUUGCAAAAUUAAAGGGUUUAAAGUCACAAAUGACAUCAUCGCAUCAUCUAAGAAAGUUCGGGUCAAACUGGGAUACCUGGAGCUCGGUGUUGAACAGGAGUCUGUCCCAUCUACUUGGUAUUUUCUCAUCGUCCUCCCUGUCCUCUUAGUAACUGUAAUUUUUGUUGCAGUUAUUGUCACCAGGUACAAAUCCAAGGAACUGAGUCGCAAACAGAGCCAACAGCUGGAACUCCUGGAAAGCGAGCUCCGGAAAGAGAUCCGUGAUGGAUUUGCUGAGCUGCAGAUGGAUAAAUUGGAUGUGGUAGAUAGCUUUGGCACGGUUCCCUUCCUGGACUACAAACACUUUGCUCUGAGAACUUUCUUCCCUGAGUCAGGUGGCUUCACCCACAUCUUCACUGAAGACAUGCAUAGCCGGGACCCGGGGGACAAGAAUGAAAGCCUCAAUGCUUUAGACGCAUUAAUCUGCAACAAAAGUUUCCUUGUUACCGUCAUUCAUACUCUUGAAAAACAGAAGAGUUUUUCUGUGAAAGACAGGUGUUUGUUUGCUUCCUUCUUGACCAUCGCCCUCCAGACCAAGCUUGUCUACCUGACCAGCAUCCUGGAGGUCUUGACCCGGGACUUGAUGGAACAGUCCAGUAACAUGCAGCCCAAGUUGAUGCUCCGAAGAACCGAGUCUGUUGUGGAAAAACUCCUCACAAAUUGGAUGUCUGUUUGCCUCUCUGGCUUUCUUCGGGAGACUGUUGGCGAACCCUUCUAUUUGCUCGUGACUACCCUAAACCAGAAAAUCAACAAAGGUCCAGUGGACGUCAUAACUUCCAAAGCCCUCUACACCCUUAAUGAGGAUUGGCUCCUGUGGCAAGUGCCCGAAUUCACUACUGUGGCACUCAAUGCUGUGUUUGAAAAAAUCCCAGAGAAUGAGAGCGCUGAUGUCUGUCGAAGUAUUGCCGUCAACGUCCUAGACUGCGAUACUAUAGGACAAGCCAAGGAGAAGAUCUUUCAAGCAUUUUUAAGCAAGAACGGCUCUCUCUAUGGGCUCCAGCUCAAUGAAAUUGGCCUGGAGCUUCAGCUGGGCACACGGCAAAAAGAACUUUUGGACAUAGAUAGCUCUUCUGUGAUUCUGGAGGAUGGAAUAACUAAACUAAAUACCAUCGGCCAUUAUGAGAUUUCAAAUGGAUCUACCAUCAGUGUCUUCAAGAAGCUCUCAAAUUUUACAUCAGAUGUGGAAUACUCCGAACAUCACUGUCAUUUGAUUUUACCAGACUCGGAAGCUUUCCAAGAUGUCCAAGGCAAGAGACACCGAGGGAAGCACAAGUUUAAAGUAAAGGAAAUGUAUUUAACAAAGCUGCUGUCAACCAAGGUGGCCAUUCACUCUGUCUUGGAAAAGCUUUUCCGAAGCAUCUGGAGUUUGCCCAACAGCAAAGCCCCGUUUGCCAUCAAAUACUUCUUUGAUUUUUUGGAUGCCCAGGCUGAGAAUAAAAAAAUCACAGAUCCCGACGUCGUCCAUAUUUGGAAAACAAACAGCCUUCCUCUGCGUUUCUGGGUCAACAUCCUGAAGAACCCUCAGUUCGUCUUUGAUAUUAAGAAGACGCCACACAUAGACAGCUGUUUGUCAGUAAUUGCCCAGGCUUUCAUGGAUGCAUUUUCUCUUGCGGAACAACAACUGGGGAAGGAGGCGCCAACUAAUAAACUUCUUUAUGCCAAGGAUAUUCCAAACUAUAAAGAGGAAGUGAAAGCUUAUUAUAAAGCAAUCAGGGAUUUGCCUCCAUUGUCGUCUUUGGAAAUGGAAGAAUUUUUAACUCAGGAAUCUAAGAAACACGAAAAUGAAUUUAACGAAGAAGUGGCCUUGACAGAAAUCUACAAAUACAUCGUAAAAUAUUUUGAUGAGAUUCUAAAUAAACUAGAAAGAGAACGAGGGCUAGAAGAUGCCCAGAAGCAGCUUUUACACAUCAAAGUCCUAUUUGACGAGAAGAAGAAAUGCAAGUGGGUGUGAACAGCACGCCGCGGCCUGGCCUAAGAUGGUGAAAUUCUUCCCGACAGCUUGGAACAAAAUGGUGGCUCAAGCUACGUUGGCGCCUUUAAAAUUAAAAAAAAAAAAAGUUUGCACAUAGAUUCCACUUUGAAGAGCGAGUCUUUCGUAGGAGACUAAGGCACAACUUUUAGAGAAGCUGACCAGCCAUUGUGCCUGUUGUAAAUACUGUGGAGACCCUUAUGUAAAUAUCGAUGUCGUGGUGGUUGUCGCCAGCCUCCUCGUUUACAGAGAAUACAGGGCCAGUACGCAAGUGUCAGUAUUACCGUAACUACCGUUUCCACUUAAGCACAAUGAUCCAAGUGGUUUUGUCUCAGAACGACAGCUAUGUAGCACUUGUGACGACACUGGAGGAGGACGCUGCCGCCCCAGACACCGAAUGGGAAGCGUGGAGGGGCUUCCCGUCCACGGCGCGGGCUUGCCGUGUCGCCCGUCCCCAGUAGUUCUUGGAAAAGGUGACUGCAAAAUGUGGUGGUGUGUACACUUAGCAUUUGUGUGUGUGUUUUUUAAACCAAAAACUUAACAGUGUGGCAACAUUGUUGAAAGGGCUCGUGUUUUUUCGGUAGUCACCAAAUGCAUUCCAUCCAGCUCACCUGUGUUUCACCAGUGGCCUAAAGCAAGCGCAUCAGUCUGUCCGGAGGCAGCAGCCACUUGCCGGGGUGCUGCGCUCCUGCCUUGUGUUACAUACUCGUUUUUUUAUUCAAAAGGACCAUGCGGGUACUUGACGGUAACCCAUGUCUUUGCUGGUAACUUCGUGUAUUUUUUUAAAACCUUUCUCAUUGGCAUUUAUUGUUUCUGUGCACAAACAGCACCAGAAUUCAGGCAGAGCUCUCCUGGGUAGAGUGCCUCAUGUGUCUGUCUGUCUGCCUGCCUGUCUGUCUUGCCAUCUCUCGCCAUAUCCUCCUUGCUUUAGGUCUCAGGUGAAAUCAAUGGGUAUUAACACCUGUAAGUGUGUGGUAAGAUGAUGAUACGUUUUUACAUUACAUUACGUGAAAUUGCUGUACACACUGGAGUAUUAUAUCUAUAUAAAAGGCCUGAGGCCUGAAAGGUAUUAGUAUACAGCUUGGUAUCUUUGUCUUAUUAUGUAUUUUUUAAAAGUAUUCCUCAAAGGAGAAAGUCCAAAAAAAAAAUACCCAUUUUCAUUCAUGCCUUCUUCGUUCAAAUGGUCCCUUUCUAGUGAUACUGUAAUCUUUUAUUGCUGGUUUUGUAUCUUGGAUUUUUGCUGCUCAUGACCAAGUUCAAUACCACUGUGUUUCCCUACUAGUAUAGCAGAAGAAAUGAACUGUCAUCACUGUCAACCUUCCUUGUGGCACCUCGCCCUCCUGGCUGAGGUUCAGAAUUCCCAGUUCCAGCCUAGGAAUCCCCCUCCAAGUCAAUGAUCCCAUGCCCCUUUCAGAAGCACUUGCCAACACUGUAGUUAACAUCAGGUUUAAAAUGUGCAUUUUGUCUUAGAUGAAUGCAAGUGUCUCUCCUCCCACUCAACAUCUGGUGGACUGAGAAGGGUCAAACGCCCAAACAAAGAGCAAGGAGAAUAGUAAAUGCCCUAAAUAGCCACUUUUCCUGGUUCCCAUAGCUUUUGACCAUUGCCUGUCCUGUGGACACACCUCAAAGAUACUACCAAAAAGUCUCCCCCCUAGGUGUAAAAGGUGAGAGGACUGGUCCCAAAAUAAAGCUGCUACCAUUUUGAAAGAAAGAUGGCAGAAUUCUUGAAAGAAAGAGUAGGUAUGGCAAUCAAUGGUAGAAGAGAGAGUUGCCCAAAAGAUGCUCCUUCUUUAGGGUGCUGAAGACGACUACUAAAAUGGUGAGAAAAGCUGUGGCUUUAUCAUAGUAUUUUCUGAAUAAUACUUUUUAGGGUUCCCCCCCUCCCCCUCAAGCCCUUUGGCACACAAGUAUUUCAAGGGUUGAGUUACCAGCUAGCUCUUCCAGCGACUGUGCUGGUGGGAACUUUGGGCAAAUUGUUUUACCUCUUUGUGCCUCAAUUUCUGGAAAAUCUUUCUAAGCUACCUCACAGAGGUGGUAUGAAGACUCACUGAUGUUUGUAGAGUGCUCGUUGAUUCUCCCAUGGACAGCACGAGAUCUAGAGCAGCAUUUUGGAGCACACUAGCCCGAGGCAGUGAAUGGCCUGAUCAAACGUGCUGAAGACAAUCAGUAACUGAGUCCAUAUUAAACAGCAGCCAGAAAACCAACUGUCAAACAAUUUCUAUUGUUAACUUUAUUUUCUGAUUUGGGGUGAAGGUCAGUUUCUUUAUAAGCUUUUUUUUUUUCCUAACACUAGUGUCUACAGCAGCAUUUUAUGAUUAAUUCUGUUACUUUUUCAGUAUUAGGAUUUAAAAUCAAUUUCUUGUAUACAUGAUUGAAGCUGUUCUUGGAGAUGAAUGUUUUAAAUGUGUAUAUCCAAAAUAAACACUUUGAUGUAUCAAA